AUGAGCUUGCAUUACGAUAUGACGACCCCUUGUGACGACCCCGUCGAGGUAUCAGACACCGAGUCAUUCCACUCGGCCAUUUCGAAUGUCACAGAGCGAAGCUCCAAAUGCUGGACCUCUGCUACUCAGAAGGAUACCACCAUGACAACAGAGUCUUUGAUACAUCGUCAAUCCGUGUGCAAGAGACCCCGAUCGAGGACCGUCUGCUCCCAAUCUUCCACCUCAUCCAAAGCAACCCAUCCUCGUCCCAGCCCCAGACACUCGCGGCAUAACUCCGUUUCAAUCCCCUCGCGACAAAGCAGUCUUGCGAGGAAACAUGCUCGAUCUCACGGGGUGUUGGCAUUGAGUCGAGAAAUUACACCUCUGCCGAGCGUUUCGACUUCGCGGACAACAACUCGGCAUGCAUCCAUGAUCCCUGAAGAUGCUCUGGACCAGGACAGCAUUCGGCGCAUCUGCAAAAAGAUCGACGUAAAACUGAUCGCGGUGAAAUCCGGGCAUCACGAUCCGUCAGCACAAUAUCCGUACACUGAUGAAUACUCGCACGCUCCUCCAGCCAGCGGGAACGAUCGCCCCCCAACACUGCGCUCGGAAUCCAUGCCGCCGAUGUCCAAAGUCGACACUCGUCACUCCCGAGCGGCGUCUGUUCCUGCCGCGACGAUACCGGAAAGACCAACUCUCAACACCGUCAUAUCCUGGACUUCCAAUGCAACGCGACGCGUCGAGUACGAGAAAAUCGACCGUGCCCACAGCGGCGUCCGGGGUUUCCUGCGGCGAAUCCUUCCCCGGCGUCUUCGAAGCAAGGAUGGACGGCGGGGCUUCUUCACGGGUGAAUGUGACGGAGACAGCGUGAGGAGGUUUCGGUUGGACGUUAGCGAUGACGAUAGUGUCGCGGGGCAUCGGGAAGAGGAGGAUGCCACGCGCAAGGUAUCUGAAGGUGCCGAAUAUGAAGAUGAGAAGCGCGGAUCAAGGGUGAAAGUGGAGGUGGGAGUGGAAGAGGGAGACGCCCGACGUCGCAAAAGCAGAACCAAAGCCACUAAGGACGGGGAAGGGAACAAGGCGAAAACUCGAAGGUGGUCGUGCUUCGACUUAUAA